AUGGAAGGCGGAGGUUCUACGGGGACCUCAGAGGUCUACCAGUAUGUUGGACCUUUCAGACUGGAGAAGACCUUGGGAAAGGGACAGACAGGUCUGGUGAAGUUGGGUGUGCACUGCGUCACCGGCAAGAAGGUAGCCAUCAAAAUCAUCAACCGGGAGAAACUUAGCGAAUCUGUACUGAUGAAGGUGGAACGAGAAAUAGCCAUUAUGAAAUUGAUAGAGCACCCCCACGUGUUAGGACUGUCCGAUGUUUACGAGAAUAAGAAAUAUUUAUAUUUAGUAUUAGAACAUGUCAGUGGUGGUGAACUAUUCGACUAUUUAGUCAAGAAAGGCCGGCUGACUCCCAAAGAAGCGCGCCGGUUUUUUAGACAAAUCAUAUCCGCACUGGACUUCUGUCAUAGUCAUUCUAUAUGCCAUCGCGAUCUGAAACCUGAAAAUUUACUAUUGGACGAGCGGAAUAAUAUAAAAAUAGCUGAUUUCGGGAUGGCAUCACUGCAGCCGGCUGGUUCGUUGCUGGAGACAUCUUGCGGCAGUCCUCAUUACGCCUGCCCUGAAGUUAUUAGAGGGGAAAAGUAUGACGGUCGACGGGCGGAUGUUUGGUCGUGUGGGGUAAUAUUAUACGCACUGCUGGUCGGAGCGUUACCCUUUGACGAUGAUAAUUUACGUCAAUUACUGGAAAAGGUAAAACGUGGAGUGUUUCAUGUCCCCCACUUCGUGCCGCCCGACUGCCAACAGUUGCUGCGAGGGAUGAUCGAAGUUAACCCCGAGAAACGAAUGACGUUAGCAGAAAUAACGCGGCACCCGUGGGUGACGGCGGGCGGCCGCGGCGAGCUGGAGCAGGAGCUGCCUAUGAUGGAAGUAGUCCAGACCAGGGUGCUACCUUCCGCGGAGGCCAUAGACCCUGACGUACUCCAGGCUAUCUGCAGUCUCGGCUGCUUCAAGCAGAGGGAGAAACUUAUUCAGGAGCUGUUAAGUCCACACCACAACACAGAGAAAGUGAUAUACUUCCUACUACUGGAGCGCAAGAGGCGGCGGCCGGCGCGGGACGACGAGCCGCGGCCCGCCGCGCCCGCGCUACCGCCCGACCCGCCCAGGAAAAGACUCGAUACUUGCCGGGUAAAUGGGCAAUCAGCACACUUCGGUCAGAUUAGCGAAGGUUCUCCAAUAACGCCUAGAAGAUCACAAUAUAGGUUUGGUCGCAGUAGGUCUGCCUCGGGCCGGAGGGGGGAGGGACGCAGUUCACCGCAGUUGCCUGCCAGUCCGCCUACCGGUCACACGCCGCACCGAGUGUCAUCGCUGGGCGGUACACCUGCAACUCCUGGAUCACCAUUGGCUUCCCCUUCAAUUCGAGAGCAUCAUCACCAACGAGCGAAUUCGACUGGACCUACUAUUAGUCUAAAUAUAAGUGGUGAGCCGGGCGAGGCGGUGAUUAUAAUAAACGAGUCACCAGUAAUGGGCUCGUCCGUCGCGGUCCGGCCGCACAGUCCCUCGCAGACACAUAGAGUGCGAGAAAGAUCAUCUCUGCCGGGUCCCCCAAGCACUACACAAUCGCCGGCGCAACCCUCUCUCUUCCCCAACUUAGGUACUAUUACAAGUGUCCCCCCGGGCGGCAGCUCGGCGGUGUGCGGCGUGGGGGCGUGCGGGGGCGCGGGCGCGGCCGCCGCCCCCUGGCGGGUGCGACUCGCUACCAUCAAGAACUCCUUCCUCGGCUCGCCGCGCUUCCAUCGGAGGAAAAUGCAGACGUCCUCAGAAGAGGUGCAUUUAACUCCUGAAUCGUCACCGGAACUGACGAAGCGGUCAUGGUUCGGGUCCCUGCUGUUGUCAGCUGACAAAGAAGAAACCUUCACAGCGUUAGUGAAGGGCAAGCCUCUAGCUACUGUCAAAGCAGAUUUAAUACAUGCGUUUUUAAGUAUAGCAGAAUUAUCGCAUAGCGUGCUAAGUCCGAUGUCGUUUCGGGUGGAGUACAAAAGAGGAUCCAACGCGCCCGCCAUGUUUCAGAGACAUGUCCGGUUUCAGGUUGACAUUUCUACAAUAACGAAGGCGCCCGGAGAGAAUGGCAAGGAGUAUUUGUACGCAAUCACGUUUACGUUAUUAUCAGGCAACAUCCGGCGCUUCCGACGAGUGUGCGAGGUGGUGCAGGCGGCCGUGUGUCGCGCGCCCGGCGCCGGCCGCGCCGCCGCACUGCACCCGCCCUCGCCGCGCGCCCAGCGGAGGAACAUACACCCACACGCGGCAGGUGAGAUCCCGGACAGUCCGGAGACGCCCCACCAACAGUCCGACCACGACAGUGACUCCUCAGUGUUUGAUACAGUCAAGAGUCCCACCAGUCAUACAUCUAUAGACCAACUCGAUCAGAACGGCACCCAUCCGCUGGGAUCGAGUUCGUCUGUCACAAGCGGGUCCAGCGGAUACAAACAGGGAGGGCGAGGGCGCCGCGGACAGGACCCAGCCUCCGCCUCCCUCGACCACGAGAUUAUGAGCUGCGGCCGAGACCUGCCAGGCACCCAUACAAAACGUUCCUCCUCCGAAUGUCGGGAGGCGACAUCGUCCCCACGACGCGGCCUCGACUCCAGAGAGAACUCCAUCAAGGAUGAGUUGCGACGCAACAAUUCUUUGCGCGACAAUCGUCGCGACUUGUUGCAACGCGACAGGGAUGUCGCACCGCCUACUACAUCGAUUGCGUGA